CUUAUAUACCCCGAGUUUCUCGGGCUUAAUUACAUAUUCUGUGUGGUUGCUGUUCAAUAUAAGAGUUUGCAUAACCCUCGUCAAUAGAUUAUUCGUACUAUAAUAGACAAAAUAGAGAUAUCCUGUUAGAGUAGCGUGUAUUCUACGGUAUUAAAUCACCUACUCUCUACGCCUCUUGAGCCCCUGCCCUUGGGUCUCUGUAUCCAGACAGCGCGAUCGAUAUCUUCUCCCCCUUUAGUCUCCCGAGAUGCAAGCGCCGACUCACCACACCCAAGAGGCGCCGGUCUCGUUAUCCCACAACGUCUCCCAGGCCAGAACCCCCGGCUACGACUCAGAGGCGUCGACGAUGAAGGGUGCGCCAUCGGAUCUACCCAAAACCUCUGGCGAGCCGACUCCUUACGAGUCCACGCGCCACUCCCUCGAGCGCAUCCCGUCCCAAACUAAAUCCACCAAUGCCAAUAUAUUCCCCGAUCCGGAAAAUGUCAUCGAAGCAGAUAUGGAGAAAGGCGGCGUGGCACCACAUACUCCCGGUGCGCCGCCCGGCUUCAGCCCGGCCGACUUCCCGGAUGGCGGCCUCGAGGCCUGGCUUGUGGUCGCUGGUGGCUUCUGUGCCCUUUUCAGUACCUUCGGACUAGUAAAUUGUGUCGGAUCGUUCGUCAAUUACUACGUCUCGGGACCGCUAUCUAACUACGACGUGUCGACUGUCACUUGGAUCACUUCAAUUCAAGUAUUUAUGAUGUCUGGCCUGAACGCGGUGAUGGGCCGACUGUUCGAUAGUUACGGCCCUCGGUGGCUACUCAUCAUUGGAACCCUGGUGUUCUGCUUCGGGUUGAUGAUGCUGUCCCUCUCGACGCAAUACUAUCAGAUUCUCCUCUCGCAAGGCAUCGUAACCGCCGUGGGCUUGAGCGCCGUGUUUAACUCGGCAAUGAACUCGGUCAUGGGCUGGUUUUUCAAGAAGCGCGCUGCGGCCUUAGGGCUGAUGGUGUCAGGCUCGUCACUCGGAGGUGUAGUCCUGCCCAUCAUGAUGAACAACCUUAUCCCGCGGAUCGGCUUCCCCUGGACUGUACGGGCUAUCGGCUUCAUGCUCCUUGCCUUGUGUACCUUCGCCUGCUGCACCAUCAAGUCCCGCCUCCCGCCUCGUAAGAGACCAUUUGAGUUCGCGGAAUACCUACGGCCUCUUCACGAACCGGCCUUUGUGUGUAUCAUUCUUGCCGGUUUCUUCUUCUUCUUUGGCAUGUUUCUACCGUUUAAUUAUAUCCAGUUGCAAGCCCGACAGCAAGGGAUCGACGCGUCUAUUGUGCCAUACCUCCUACCUAUCAUCAACGCCGUUAGUAUUCCAGGGCGUAUCGUACCUGGUUUCCUAGGCGAUCGAUUCGGACGUUUCAACGUUAUGAUUUUCAUCUCGGGACUAUCAGGCAUCAUUACACUGGCUCUAUGGGUACCGGGCAAAUCGACAGCCACGACGGUCGCGUACGGAGCCGUGUUUGGAUUCGCAUCGGGUGGUUUCAUUUCGCUGUUGCCAGCCGUUAUUGCGCAAAUCAGCGACAUCCGCGAGAUCGGCAUACGCAGUGGUAUUGCAUUAUUCGUGUCUUCACUCGGUGCCUUGACAGGCUCGCCCAUCGCUGGCGCUAUCGUGAAUGCCAACGGCGGCAGCUUCCUAGGCCUUCAGCUAUUCUGUGGCAUUGUGAUGACCAUAUCGAUGUGCUGGUUUAUUGCCUCCAGGACCAUACAAGUCGGCUUCAAGAUCACCAAGAUCUAAAUACGAAACUAAAAGGAUUAACGGACAAACGGAGCAACCGAUUUUGCCUGAGUGUUUCUUACUAUGAGGUCUUACGAAGCUAUCUAUGCUCAUGGAAAGGGCCCAGCGUUAAUAGAGCCCAAUAUUAAUGAAUGAUAAAAUAAGUAAUGCAUUUAGGGGCGUUAGAUUGGCAUAAGAUAAACGAUACCCAACUCAGUCUUGUCACUACACUACACAGGUAUAGUAUGAUCUUCAGAGAUUUAUAUAUACCCAGCGGAUUAG